UGAUAUGAGUGAAAACUGUCAUCACCUUAUCGGCAGUAGUUUCGUCAGAAAUAGGUAUAGCCUGUGAACUUAGCCAUACAUGUCAUUCUGUGCGUGAGGCCACUGGUCACAGUUACCAUACACACUUUUAGUUCCUACCUGCAGUUACGUGGUAUCAGUUCUUCCGAGAACCCAAUGUAAUAUGUGGGGUUUCAGAGCAGUCGAAGGCAAUUCAGUGGAGACGUACGCAGAUUGACUGCUCAACCUGCCGCUGUGAGAUGGGUUGGAGAUACUAUUUCUUGUAUUAUUUCAUCUGGAUUGCUCAGGACGUUUUGUCUGAACGCAUCAUUUUAAAAAAAUUCCUGGGAGAAUCUGUGAUCUUUCCUCUCAGAACAGAGCUGAAAAAAAACUCUGACGUGACGUUAAAAAAAAACGGGGACUACAUUUUCAGGUGGGACAGGAAUGAUGUGGAUCCCCGGUAUGUGGACAGAUUGGCGUUUAAUGAGAACAGGACACUGAGUCUGGAUAAGCUUGAGGAGACAGAUGCUGGACCGUACCUGCUGGAGCAGUUUGAUACGGCAGGCAUAGCACACAAGACUGAGAUCACUAUAAUCCUGACAUGCCUAAAAGGGUUCCAUGAGGUGCACGGAGAUUUGGGCGGCUCUGUAGCUGUCUUUGGGAGAAACCUCACAGGACUCUCCAUGAUUUCUGAAGCAAGGUGGGAAAAAAACGGAUUGGUGGUUGCUCAGCUCAACCAAUCCAGGCCUGUGUAUUCAGAGAAGCCUGAGGGUCGCCUGAGGAUGUUGCCCACAGGAGAGUGCUGGCUGGACAGGGUGCACAGCGAGGAUGCAGGGAACUACACCCUGGAGGUCUCCAAAGGGGAUCUCAGGCUCCGAUGGACAGCACAGCUGGUCUUCAGAGUACCACGGCCCUCUGUGGAGCACCGCUGCCUGUUGGAUGGGACGGCGGAGUUCCACUGCCUGGUGAACCCGGGGGUGCGCACCCGCUGGAUCUUACAUGGAAACCCUCUGGGGUUGGGCGUCCCGGAGAACAAAAAGAUGGUUUUGCACUUCUUUUCGGGAGAGCUUCUCUGUGUGCUGGAGGAGUACCCUGAGAGGCGUGUGUCCGUGUCGUUUACGUGUGCAGCUCCUGAAGUACCCAGCACAACAUACAUCCUUGCGGUUUUCUGCUCUCUGGGCAUUGUGCUCAUCCUGUCCCUGGUGGGGUUUUAUAUACAUCAGCAGAGACAGAGGCCUGGCCAAAGCCAAAGCCCCCAGCUGGUUACCAUGGAGGUUCAGAUCUACGAGCUGACUGACACGGACGAGUUUCAGCCGCGACCUCCCUCUAUGCUGGGGAACCAGGAUGACUUCUACUCCUGCAUCACCGACCCACUGGAAAUGUCAACCUUCACGACCUGACCUCCAGGGGGCAGUGUAGCCACAGGGCCAAAAUGAACUCCCAUCCUGCCAGUGUGUGUUUGUUUGUCUGCAUGCAAGUGAGCAUGCCAGCGCUACAAUAUGGUAGCACAGAAAAUCCAAAAAUCAAUAUAGGUCAAACUGGACUGCACGUUUUUGGACAUUCCAGAAUGUGGACAUGGUCUGGGCAGCAUGUUAUUGUAGUGGUGGCAGGUGAAGAAGAGUUAGUGUAGAAUUUAUUAGGUAUGACACUUCAAAUAUUAUUGUGAUUAGGUGUCACUCUCGACAAUCAACAGCUCAGAAUCAGCUGUCCCACUGGCCAAUCGGAAGCCCCUUGUGCCAGUCAGCAGCAUCUAUGUCCAAUCAGCAUCCCCUCCGUUCAGCAUGCAGCUCAGCUGAUUGGCUGCUCAGUGGAAGGACUCACUGUGUCGGGCGGUCAGGCUGGCAAACACAGCUGCCAUUUCCAGAGUGGGAAACAAAAAAAGAAAGAAGUGUGUCUGUGUGUUCCAUGGUGGGAGAAUAAAAUCAGGGUGCGUGUGUGUGCAUCUGUGUGUUCCAUGGUGGAAGAAUAAAAUCAGGGUGUGUCUGUGUGUGUUUGUGUGCGUCUGUGUGUAUCAUAGUGGGAGAAUACCAUCAGGGUGUGUGUGUGUCUGUGUGUGUGUGCGUCUGUGUGUUCCAUAGUGGGAGAAUACCAUCAGGGUGUGUGUGUGUGUAAUGGCAUAUAUACUGGCUUCUACACUCACACCAUUAAGUAUUGAUGUAGUUGCAUGUGCAAACCCAGUAAUGAGUGGUCAGGGUGAUGUCUGCUGUCACAUCGCACGAGAGCAAGAAUAAUUUAAUCCCACGUGCACUGAUCCACCUCACUACCUGGAAUAAAAUAUGGCCAGCUGUGCCAGGGAAUCCUGUGGGAGAAUAUAGGAUCUGAUAACUGUAGUGCAGUGCAUUAAAAUAUAUGAUGUAUACAGGUUAACAGAUAGCAUGCUUGUGAUGGAAUGAGUUUUUAGAUUAGGUGAGUGGACAGAAUUAGAAAUUAACUGCUGAGCCUGCAGUUGUAAUAGCCUUUGUGAUUAUGUUAUGUGUGUGAUGUGUGACAGGAUUCCUGUGAUUAAAAGAUUUCAAAAUCAA